AUGUCCAACCAGCUGAUUGCAUAUGCAGUUGAAGGGGGCGCUGAUAGCAUAGAAACUGCGCAGAUGGAGGAAGAAGGAGUAGUGUACUAUGCUGCUGGCGCUGAGUUUGUGAUCAUCGAUGGAAAUAGAGCAGGAUGCACAUGCAAAGGACUUACCAUCUGCCAGCACAUACUUGCGGUAGUAAAAAAUGAAUAUCCAUCUGAUAGUACAGUGCUCGUAGACAUAAUAAAUAGAGUGAUGUAA